CUGGAAUCUACAACCAUUCUCUUAGAAGCUUCAGUGCCCCGCAAUAACUAAAUCUACUCAUCACAUAACUUAAGUGAUAAUAUUUCCAUCUUUUAACUUUUGUAAAGCAUUUUGUUUUUUUAAAUUUAUAUAAAUUGUCUUUGUAUAAAGGACCUUAAGGAUUUUUUGACGGGGGGUUUUGAAAGCUACAAACAUUGAUGAAUGAUUUCGGGGACCUUGCCAGUACAGAACGAGUCAUAUCUGUCAAAGCUAUCUCCUCAAAAGAGGUUUUUUUCAUUUUUGCUUAAACAGAAAACUAUUCCUUUGCCCGAAGAACACGAGAGAAAACCAUUUGGAUUCAAAGAUGCUAACUUUAUAUCAAGACUAUUCUUUUGGUGGGUAACUCCUGUUUUGAAUGUUGGUUAUCGUCGUACUUUACAUGCCAAAGAUCUAUUCAAGUUAACCAAAGACCUUACCGUUGAGUAUCGAUUAGAACAAUUCAAAAAUUGCUUCGAAAGUAGGCUAGAGUAUCAUAGAAGAAGAUAUUUGAAGAAAAAAUUGAAGAAUCACCAAGGUAAUUUGAUUAAUCUUGAUGAGCUUAGUCAAACUGACGAUUUCAAAAUGCCCAAAUUCAUGUUGGUUGAGGUUAUGUUAAUUGUAUUCCGCAAAGAUUUACUUAUUGCUGUUUUCUUUGGUUUUGCCUGUUGUUUGGGGUUCACUUUGGCACCUUUUGCUAGUAAGAAGCUUAUUCAAUUUGUUGAAUUGAAGGCUUUGGGGUCUGACAUUUCUAUAGGUAAGGGAAUUGGUUAUGCUUUUGCUACUGCUCUUUUAAUUCUAAUCAGUGGUAUAACCGCAUAUCAAUUCGAGUAUUUUGGUAGUAUAGUGGGGACUCAAGCAAGAUCUGUUUUAACUCAAUUGAUUUUGGCAAAAAAUUUUAAGUUGAGCCCCAAAUCUAGAAUCAAAUAUCCUCCUGGUUCGGUUACUUCAUUGAUUAGUACUGAUUUAUCAAGGGUUGAAAUAGCUUUCACUUUCCAGGUUGUAUUGGUGGCUAUACCAAUCCCAAUGGGAGUGUCGAUUGCAAUCUUAAUUGUCAAUAUUGGGGUUUCAGCGCUUAUCAGUAUUGCAAUUUUCAUUAUAUUUUUGGGUGGAAUUGGUUAUUUCUCAAAGCUUUUAUAUGCCUAUCGUGACGUAUUAUCACUGUUAACAGAUACGAGAGUUGGUAUAAUGAGAGAAAUUAUUUCAAACUUAAAAAUGAUCAAGUUUUAUAAUUGGGAAUUUCCUUACUGGAAGUCUUUGACUAAGGUUAGAGAAGAAGAAUCAAAUUUUGUUUUCAAAGUUCAGGCAAUUAGAAGUUUGGUAAUGGUUUUGAGUAUGAGUUUAACCGGUGUUGUUACAAUGAUUGCUUUCCUUGUAUUAUAUGCUUUUGAACGUCACAUCAAAGAUGCUGGUUCUAUGUUCUCUUCAGUUCAAUCAUUUCAAGCCUUUGGUAUGCUUGUUUUCUUUAUUCCUCAAGCUUUGUCUUCUGUGGCUGAUUUAUUCAUGGCUGCAAAAAGAGCUGGGGAAUUUUUGACUUGCGAAGAAUUUGUUCAAAAUGAAAAUUACAUUACUCUUAUUGAUGAAAAAGAUGAUUGUGCAAUUAAAAUUUCUAAUGCUCAAUUUGAAUGGCAACUCCUGGAUACAAAAGAUGAGGAUUCAUCUAACUUUGCUGAUGAGGAAGAAAGCGCAAAUACAGCCACGAAGUUGCUGAAGUUAAUGGAUAUAAACUUGCAAAUCUUUAAAAGUCAAUUUAUUGCAGUGACAGGCCUGAUUGGUAGUGGUAAGUCCUCUUUUUUAAAUGCUAUUUCAGGUAACAUGACUUUAAAUGAGGGUAACGUUGUUAUAAAUGGAUCUUUAUUAUUGUCUGGUGACCCAUGGAUCCAGAACGCUACCAUUAGAGAAAAUAUACUUUUUGGAAUAACAUUCAAUAAACACUGGUAUGAUUCAGUUGUAUUUGCUUGUUGUUUGCAAGAUGACUUGAAAAAUUUAGAAGCUGGUGAUUUUACCGAAGUUGGAGAAAAGGGAAUGACAUUAUCUGGAGGUCAGAAAGCUAGAAUUGCAUUAGCAAGAGCAGUGUAUGCAAGUUAUGACAUUAUUUUAUUAGAUGAUGUUCUUAGUGCUGUUGACGUUAAAGUGGGGCAACAUAUUAUAGAACACUGUGUCUUUGGUUUGUUAAAAGAGAAAACUCUUGUUUUGGCAACCCAUCAAUUAUCUCUCGUUGAUUCUGCCGACAAAAUUAUUUUCAUGAAUGGUGACGGUACAAUGAGUAUGGGCACUAAAGCAGAAUUAGCGUUACUGAAUCCAUCGUUUGCUAGAUUGAAUGAGUUCAGUGCAACUAAAGAAACUGAAGACGACUCUGAUAGCAUUGAACAAGUUUUAGAAGAAGUCGAACUCUUGGUUGAUGACAAGAGCGACAGAAAACAUACUCAACUUAAAAGGAGAAAUGUUCAUAGAGAAGAUACAGAAUUAGACGAGGAAAUUGUUUAUGAAGAUAUCGACUUAAACAAAGAUAUAACCAAAGGUAAGAUAAUUGAAGAGGAAGAGAGAGCAGUGAAUCGACUCAAAGCAGAAGUUUAUAUCACCUACAUAAAAGAAGGUACAAAGCAGUUAACUAUUUCAGGUUUUUUUGUCAUUCUUUUAUUUUUAGCUGCUAUAUCGUUAUUCUGUCAACUUUUUAUGAAUACCUGGUUGUCAUUCUGGAUUAGCCGUAAAUUUGAAGAUAGAUCAGAUAGUUUUUAUAUUGGUUUUUAUGUCAUGUUUGUUCUUCUUUGGGUUAUUUUUUCGGUAAUAGAGAACGUCUAUUUGGCUGCAAUUUUUACAAAAUCUUCUAAAAAUUUAACGUUAACGGCAAUGAGAAAAGUUUUAGGCUCACCUAUGAGUUUCAUUGACACUAAUCCUUUGGGUAGAAUUAUCAACCGCUUUUCAAAAGACACGGAUGCAAUGGAUAAUGAAAUUGGACCUUUAUUGAUUUUGGCUAUUGAAUACACAAGUACUAUAAUUGGUUCUAUUAUUCUCAAUAUUGUUUAUUUGCCUUGGAUUGCCAUGGCUAUACCAGGAAUGUUUAUCUUCUUUUUUGCGGUUUCAAAUUAUUACCAAGCGUCAAGCAGAGAGAUAAGAAGACAAGAAGCUUUGAUGAGAUCUUUCGCUUUCACUGCCCAUUCAGAAAUAUUGACGGGUAAGAAUACUAUUUUAAAUUUUGGUAAAUCAUCGAUGUUUUUGGAAACCAGUAAUGAGUUAAUGAAUAAUAUGAAUGAAUCUUCAUAUAUGGUACUAGCAUGCCAGCUGUGGCUAAAUGUUAAUUUGGAGAGUUUAGGCUUUGUCUUUGUCCUUCUUAUAGCUUUGUUGUGUGUUAAUAGAGUUUUCCAUUCAAGUGCAUCAACCUCAGGGUUAUUGCUUACAUACACAAUCCAGUCAGCAUCAACAUUGGCACCAUUAUUGUCAGCACUAACGAAAGUGGAGAAUGACAUGAAUGCAGUGGAACGUUUGUGUCAAUAUGCUCUUCAUUUAAAACCGGAAAAGGACGAGGGAGCUCAGCAAUUAAUCGAGCCUGGUUGGCCAUCUAAUGGAGUUAUCGAAUUUCAAAAUGUAUCCAUGUCUUAUAGACCAGGUUUACCUUUGGUUUUGAGAGAUGUGAGUUUCAAAGCAAGUUCUUCUGAAAGAAUUGGUGUUUGUGGUAGGACAGGUGCUGGAAAAUCUUCAAUCAUGUCGGCUUUAUACCAGUUGGUGUCUUUAACUAAGGGUAAGAUUUUGAUUGAUGGAGUCGAUAUUUCUAAAUUAGAUUUAAACACUUUAAGAUCUAACUUGUCUAUCAUUCCACAAGAUCCAGUUUUGUUCAGUGGUACUAUAAGAAAAAACUUGGAUCCCUUUGGGGAGUUCGAUGAUAGUUUAUUGUGGAAUGCAUUAUCAAGAUGUGGUACUUUUGAUUCUCAAGAGAUGGAAAUAGUUAAAUUAACAGUAGCUGAAAAUGUAAGUAAAUUACAUAAAUUUCAUUUGGAUCAAGUUGUUAUUGAUGAGGGAGUUAAUUACUCUUUAGGUGAAAGACAAUUAAUUUCAUUUGCAAGGGCAUUGGUUAGGAAUACGAAGAUUUUAAUAUUAGAUGAAGCAACCUCGUCAGUCGAUUAUGAAACAGAUGCAAAAAUUCAGACAACUAUUAAUAAUGAAUUUGAAAACGUCACGAUUUUAUGUAUUGCUCAUCGUUUACGUACUAUUCUUCAUUACGAUAAAAUCAUGACGUUGGAGAGAGGUGAGGUCAAGGAGUUUGAUACACCAAUUAAUUUAAUCAGAAAAGACGAAGGCAUUUUCAAAAGUAUGUGUGAAAAGUCUAAAAUUACAGAAGAAGAUAUCCUUCAGUCUUGAUUAGAAAAUCC